AUGGUCGAGCUCUCCAGAUUACCAUCGGCGAUCAAGAGCGAUAAAGCGCCGAGCGCCGUCCAUCGUCUGCCUAUUGAGAUCCUCGAUGCAGUUGCGGCGCAGAUCGACGACCGGCACGAUAUAAUCUCCUUCGCGCUUGCGUGCAGGCUCUUCCGCGAUGUCGUCGUUCCGCGGCACACCAAGCACCGCCUCGUCGCCUCUUCUUACUCCGACACGGCAUACUGGACAACCAUCCUCUCUCGCCCCGAUCUAUCGUCCGCCACGCGCGUAGCGCAUGUCCGCGACGCCCCGCGCCGAGGGACAUAUCCGACCAAAGCGGUCGAGCUGCAACAGGUCGCGGCGGCCCUGAGGACGAUGCCGAGAUUGAAGGCGUUUGCGUGGACACCGCCGUUGUCGUUGAGAGGGGACGCCGAACGGCGGGCCGGGGCGGAUGUCUGGAAGGCGGUUGUUGAGCGUGGAGAGGUCAGGCAUUUGGCGGUCAUUCAGCCGUUGAACCCGCCGGGCCAGUUCCCGGUUUAUGUGGGAGCUAUUGAGCGGUAUCCGCUGUGGAGCCUUGGAGGAUUGACGAGUGUUUCGCUCGUCAACGUGAGCUUUUUGAGGCAUCAGGAGAGCGUGGCGCAGUUUGCGCGCGUACUAGAGAACUCGCCCGGUCUCGAGCGUCUGCAUGUUGUCCUGUAUGACUGGAACUUCUCGCUCUCCACUAUGCUCGGCAACGCGCGCUUCGAUCACCUCAAAGCGCUCACGCUCGAGCUGUAUGCCGAGCCGACGCGCAACUCGGAGGCUUUAGCCGCGCUCUUGGAACGGACGCCGAAGUUGGAAGCACUCGAGUGGGAGCAUAUACCGCUGUCGAGGCCGUUGAAGGAGGGGUCGUUGCCGAUGCUUCAAAGGCUCGCUGCAGCCGAUGCGCCCGCGCUUCUCUCUCCUUUCACCACCACCACCAGCGCCUCUACACCAUCAAUCAUCCCCGACACCGUUCCCGAACCUCGCGCUUUGACAGCUCUCGGCCGUGUCGAACUCCGCGCAGGUCUUCGAACGGGCCACUGGCUCCCUCCCCUGAUCGACGGAUCGGUGCUGCAGAGGCUCGAGCUGGGAUGGUUCGACGGCGUCACCGUGCUCGCGGAUGCGGUGCAGAUGUUGCCGGGGUUGAAGUGGCUGAGGGUGCCGAGCGCGGAUUAUGUGUUCGAGUGGAGGGGCGUUACGCGUGAGGCGAUCCAUAUGGGCGAGUGGUCGCAUGUUCUGCAGCGCGCGCCUCAGCUUGUCGUGUUCCAUGGCCCAUGUCUGUUCCACGAUCCGGAGCUACAUACCUCUGGAUACGAAGACGUUGAGGAACGCGCGAGGGAGAUUGCGGAGGGUAUGCCCAACCUGAGGAGGGUCGAACAUUGGAGUUUGUUGCCGAAUAGGGCCGUGCUUGUCGGAAAGGAUGGUGGCUGGAGGGAGGUGGAGGUUGGGGAGAGAGAGGAUUGGAUCGCUGAGGAGGAGGACUGGUUGAGACUUGGAGAAGAGGGAGGAGCGGACGAUGUUGAUGCGUUAUUUAGGUGGAGGACUGGAUUGUAG